GACAACACCAGUGCAAUCUGACUACGUGAUAAGAUGGCGUCUAUUAAAUAGGAAUAGCUUACAUUCUAAAUAAUAUAUCUAUAGUGAUCGUUAAAGUGUAUUUAUUUACCUAAUAAGUAUAGUUUUAUAUUGUUUUAUUGUAUAACAACACAUUAAACAUUUGAAAGAGCCUCUUAACAUAUUAGUGAGAAGGCAAUGUCCGAAGAGUCGGAACGUCACGGGGAGUCGGCGAGUGACGGCGUCUCCGGCAGCGGCGUCACAAACGUGGCGCGCGUGUUGUUGACCUCGCUCCAGCUCGACACCGCUACCGCGGAGUCACUGCGUGCCUCGUGGAGAACCCAGGACUUGUACAUUGAUCACCUCGAAACAUUGAACAAACAGUUGGAAGGAAGCUUGGAAAAGGCGAAAGAGGUAGAAGAUAGGAUAAAACAACAGUAUGCUGAAUCACAACAUAGAGAAAAAAUUCUUGUCAGAAGGCUUGCAGCUAAAGAACAAGAAAUUCAAGACUAUGUAAGUCAAAUUACUGAAUUAAAAUCAUCACAUGCAAGUCUCAACGGUAGACCAUCACUCUUAGAUCCAGCUGUAAAUAUGCUCAUAUUGAGAUUAAAGCAGGAGUUAACAUCAACAAAAGCAAGACUUGAGGAAACACAAAACGAACUGUCAGCGUGGAAGUUCACACCUGACUCAAAUACAGGAAAAAAGCUUAUGGCAAAAUGCAGGUUACUACAUCAAGAGAAUGAGGACUUAGGACGAAUGACAUCAAGUGGUCGGAUAGCAAAGUUAGAGGGUGAUCUAGCAUUACAAAAGAGUUUUAGUGAGGAAGUUAAGAAAUCACAAUCAGAGUUGGACGAGUUCCUACAGGAAUUAGAUGAAGACGUAGAGGGCAUGCAGAGUACAGUGCUAUUCUUGCAACAGGAGUUACGUGCGACACACGCCACUGUGAAUGGCAAUAGGCCGUCGACACCCGCUGACAAACGGACUUAUUCGGGCAGUGAGUGUAGCGACACGCCAGUUGGCAAGCGGAGACGGGCCUCGGUCCUGUCCCUGGACUACAACGAGGACGAGGAACCGCUCACAGUGACCAACGGUGAGGCUGAAUAGCCCAGGACGCGAGUGUUCUACAGAACACGCUUCUUAAAUAUGAACUAGUGAAAUUUUGUGAACCAUUAUCGUUAUCUGUUUAGCCACUUCGGCCCGUAUUUCGUUGACUCGAAAUUCUUUUUUAAUGAAUCCUUAUGUGAGUGAUUAUCGGCAAUGUCAAUAAUAUAAAAAAACGCUAUUUCGGUGUCACUCAUUACGAACAUACAGAAUGCUUCUGUAUUAGGACAUAUUGAAGUGUAUUCUAUAAAACCUAUGUACUUUGUUAGAAGAAAAAAUUAUAUAGACGAAUCUGUGUCAUUCCCAUUGACAAUGAAUUGGUGAUGAUUGUGUCAAAGGUGAAAAUGAGAUAAAAAACAUUUGGGUUUAAAACUAUAGUUUGCGUUUUAUGCACAAGAGUGGACCAUGUGAUCAGAUUUAAUAGUGAAUCGUUUUUGACAUUGUUUUAUACUUAUGAUGAAUAUUAAGACAAACACUCAGUUGACAAUUUUAUAAUUUAUUUAUGUAAAGUGCAUUACUUAAUUGUGAUAUAUUAGAGAAAUCCAAUGAUAUAUAUAUGAGGAAUAAUAUUGUGUUUUGUUGCCAAGUUUCAUUGUUUUAUGGCAUUUGUUUUUUUUAUGUGCCACAGUUGAUGAAAUGACAAUGAGUCCAUGAUGUGUAAGAAAUAACGUCAACAUCAGCCUAAUAUAUUAUUAUAUGCCACAUUUUUAUUGAAUUUGUGAUUUUCUACAUAAAAUGUUUCUAUUUUCAAAUUACAAUUAAUGUAUAUAUAGAGCUAUGUUAAUAAACAUAUUACAGGCAUCUA